GUAUUACAAAUGUAUCCCUAGUCAAAAUAGGAUGACGUCACCGGACCAUAGUCAAAGGGCAAAAAGAGUAAAAUACGAAAACAAAACCUCACUAUAAAUACGUCUUUGUGCCCCUUUUGUCAUUUCUUCCCCCAAAACCUUCCGCUUCGUCUCAGCUCCACUACAUACAAAAAGCGCAGUCUUUUCUCUUCGUGCGUCGGCGGCGAUCAUCGGUCGGUGCCGGAGGCGUCGAUUGUACGGUGAAAUCUCAAAUCUCAUGCCCACUAUGGGCUCAGAAGUGGGGAAUUUUGAUAUGGAACCGUUUAUCGAAGUCGAUCCAACGGGUAGAUACGGGCGUUACAGCGAGCUUUUAGGGUCGGGUGCUGUGAAGAAAGUGUACAGAGCAUUUGAUCAGGAAGAAGGCAUUGAGGUGGCAUGGAAUCAAGUGAAGCUACGGAAUUUUUCUGACGAUGAAGCUAUGAUAAACCGUUUGUAUAGCGAAGUUCGUUUGCUCGGGAGUUUACAGAACAAGAAUAUUAUUGCAUUGUACUCUGUUUGGCGAGACGAGAAUAAAGACACUCUGAAUUUCAUUACGGAGGUUUGUACUUCUGGGAAUCUGAGGGAGUAUAGGAAGAAGCAUAAGCAGGUUUCGGUGAAGGCUCUUAAGAAGUGGUCGAAGCAGAUUCUCAGGGGGUUGGACUAUUUGCACACUCGUGAACCUUGUGUGAUUCAUCGGGAUCUCAAUUCGAGCAAUGUCUUUGUUAAUGGUAACACUGGACAGGUGAAAAUCGGCGAUUUGGGCUUGGCAGCCACGGUUGGGAAAAAUCACUCAGCACAUUCACUUCUCGGCACACCAGAAUUUAUGGCACCUGAGCUGUACGAAGAGAACUACACAGAGCUGAUAGAUAUAUAUUCGUUCGGAAUGUGCCUUCUCGAAAUGGUGACUCUCGAGUUACCCUACACUGAAUGCGACAACGUUGUCAAGAUAUACAAAAAAGUGACAACUGGAAUCAGGCCUCUAGCCAUGAACAAGGUUAAGGACCUUGAAGUGAAGUCGUUUAUCGAGAAAUGUCUUGCUCAGCCUAGGGUUAGACCAUCGGCCGCUGAUCUUCUUAAGGACCCUUUCUUCGACACAAUUCUUGAUGAUGAAGAUGGUGACGGAUGCUGAUUAUGACGAAAAAUGCUGAAAAACGAGACUUUAUUGACUUGUAAGUGUAAUUUUUGGCUCCAAGUGUUAGUCCUUUUUCAGUUUCGUUUAUCACCUUUAUUUUCCUGCCGACUGCAAUGCGUUUUUUUUUUUUUUUUUUUUUUGAGUUUUGAUAAAGUGCUCCAAACAUAAGUGAUGUUUUGGGGGCAAAGUUUUUGUUUGGUUUCUGUAAAUAGAGUUUGAAUUUUGCUUGAGGAACUCAUCGUUUGAUGAAAGAUUGAUUCGAAGUUGUUGAUAAAUCAGCCACGUGUUUGUUUUGGCUGCCACUUUUUUUCUU